CUGUAUAAAAAAAUGUAUGAGCCCAGAGCAUAUAAUUGAUGGUAUGUAAUGGAGGACCUCGUAGCAGUGGUGCAGCAAGAGCUGCGCAUCCCAAAGGAUUUCAUCAUCUACAAAGAAGUUGAGCAAUGUGUUGAAAUUCUUGUUCAUCAGGACUGGAUUAGGACAUUAAUAAAGAGCCGCUGCAUUCCUCUGAGUUUGCCACACCCGUCCUUGUCAGGAGCUGAGGUGCAAGCUUCUCUACUGCAGGGGUUGCCUGCUGACAACUCCUGGAAUAAACUCCUGGUUCAGGCAUUCCCCAAGUCGUCCAACACUGCAGGUUCAAUAGCUGAACAUUUUUACUGCCAUCACAUGAACUCGGGCACCAAACCUGUUGCCUUGAGCACCCAUGGCAAGCCCACCAAAACUGGAGGACAAGCAACUCCUUUGUACUCACGAGGACAAAGUCUUGUGUACAAUGCAACAGGAAAUUCUCAGUCCAGAGCAUUGGUGCCCAGCAUUGAAUACUCAAAAGAUGUUUUUACAUUCUCAACUCUUCUCAACUCUGUUGCUAAAACUAAUGCUGAGAACCUCAAAGUUGAUGCUACCAAAAAGUACCAAAAUGGUUGCUUCUCAAGACCAUGCAAGUCUUUACCAACAUCCCCUCUGAGCUGCACUGACGCUCUGAGGGUUGCCCUCACUGCCCUCUACAGCGCCCCUCUUGUGGACCUCACUGGAGUUGGUGAAGGAUUUACAGUGCAGAGAUGCGGUGCAGAGGAGGCGGGCACAGCACACUGCAUACUUGAGUGUGCUGCACACUUCCUGGUGCUGCUGCCGUCUGUGCAGCACACCUUGCAGCACGCGGUCACCUUCAGUCCGGACAAGAUUCCUGGAGCAGAUGGAGCAGGUCUGCUGGUUUUGUACCACCUGCUAACCAUCUGUCAUGCUCUACACGAGCGCCAUCUCCCACUGGGUGACGUGAAACUCAGUCACCUGUGGGUGGACAACUGCUACAACCUCACCCUGUCACCCACUGCCCCACUGUCCGCUCUUCUCCCACCAAGCUAUGGGAGACCAAAGCUUACCAUACCAAAAAUAAAUGCUACAAAUAAGGAGAAAAAAUUACCAAAAAACUUGAAUUUAUCCCAAAAAUCUACGUUUCCGAAUAAUUCUUCGCUGGAAAAAAUUCCCUGCGUGGGGAUGAAUUCUUGCAAAGGUAGAAAAUCUUCUGAAGUGGAGGAGUUUGAUGAGGGAAAUGCACUGCAUCAAGAGGGAAGAAAUGAUAAUUCAGAAAUUAUACAAGCUGAGGGUCAGGGCAUGGCAGUAAUUGGGGUUGAGGCUAAAACACAGCCUGAUGUUCUCAACCCAACUACAACCCCAGUGCCUGGGACCAAAUAUAGUUCAAGUCAUGGGUUGAAACCUUCAGAUUCUUCAAGUGAUACUCUGAGUUGUGAGAGCGGAGGAUAUUUGGAGCAUGGAGAGGGACCGGAGUCAGGAGAAGGUCCCCAAGAGGAGUCAAGGGGACAUUAUAACUCCAUUCUGGAGGCCCAAGGGGAAGAUGGGGGAGAGGGGAACGAGCCCCGCGUUGUGGCCUUCCUCAGGCUGGUUAAAGACCCGACUGCUUGCCAGCUCCUGCAACAGGUGCACCGGCGUCUCAGUAACCUGGACUACCUGCUGUGUUUGGCUUACUUCGCUGGUCGCGAGUUUGGUUCCCCCAGACAUCACCCGACGCUGCCCUGGGUCAUCGACUUCACCCAGCGCAGGGGUGCACUGAGGGACCUCACCAAAACCAAAUUCAGACUCACGCGCGGGGACCAACAACUGGACCACACCUACCGCCUCCCCUGCCCCACAGACCCACACAAACUGGUGGGUUGUGGUCCACAAACUGAGUCGCGGUUACCGUCACUGGAUUCUGAAGCCACUGGAUCCAGUGGCCGGAAUCCUCGGGAUGCUUCCACUGACCUGCAGAGAUCCACUGAUCCGCUGACCACUCCAAUCCAGCGGAAGAUCAGCAGGUCCAACCCUUCCGAGGGGCUGAAUUCUUCAACCACGAUCAACCUCCCCAAGAACUACAACCCAUUAACCGCACUCAACCAGGUUGAAAUGCUCUACAACUUCACCCUGAAAACCGCCGCUGAAAUCCCGAGUGUUGAUAACCAACCCCGGGUUGAAAAAAAUCAGUCAUCGGUUGCGUGGCGUAACCGUAAGAGCAGGGAUAUGGUUGCCAUCGGUUGUGUUGUGGUUGAGAUGUUUGCGUCAAACCGCUGCCGAGGUUUGGGACCCAACGCUUGUUUGAGUGAACGCUACGCCUUCUGCAGGUGGUUGGUGGCUAACGCUGGGGCGUUAGAGCUGCCGAGGUGCCUGCGUUAUACGUUGCUCGAGGUGUUCCAGGUAACGCCGGGGGGAAUACGUCACCUUAAAUCCCCCUGGGGAGUCAACCACGUCAUAAGGUCUUGUGAACGCGGGGUUGGACAACCCGAUGGGUAUUUUAAACCUCGCACGAAACCCCAUGGGGAGAGAAACCACCUGGAAACUGCCUUCAAUCGGCACCACCCACGACCACCUGGGGAUGAUCCCCACAUGCAAGCACUUGGGGAUGUACACCACCGCGACUCCCCAUCCUCAGAGGACGCGUUAUCCUAUCCCCCAGUCAGUGGUUCCUCAGGCCUCCCCCCUCCAAGUCCCCAGUUACUCCUACAGCCUCUAGUGGACCUCUUCCCCUUCCCCCUUUAUUACCCCAAGGUCGGGGAAUUCCUGCGACAGCUGCACAGAUACACCCUCGCCCUGGGGAAACUAGAAAUAUUCCCCAAAGAUCCCCAAGGGAAACAGAAGCUGGCAGAGGCCCGAGUGUCGUACGCUGCCCGCGAGUCCAGCAAACUGCUGGCAGUGUUGCCAGCAGAGGGGCUGUCCCUGACACUGCCAGCGUUCCUGGAACUUUAUUCCUGUCCCUUGACGGCUGUCAGCUGCGCCUGGCACCUGACAGGGGCGCUGGCAGAGGUGCUGGGUCCUGUCAGUGCCAGACAGCAUCUCCUGCCACUGCUGGUACGGCUCUUCGAGGCAGAGGUCAUCACCGACAAGUACCUUAAGCUGUACCAUCGUACCUUCCUCCUGCAGCUCAUAGUCAGGCUGGGGCUGAGGAGCUUCCUGGGGAGCCUGGUGAUGGCCCUCAUAGAGGGGGUGGGGGGCGGCAAGACCUUGGGGGGCAGGGGGGGCCACACCCCCGACACAUCCACACGCAAACACUCCGCUACACUCAGGAGCGUCGAGCUGAGCCCUCAACCCGCCAACCCCACGGAGAGGGUUCACUCCUCCCCCCGCCUCGGGGUCGCUGAUGACCCCAACCCCGCUGGGGAUGUUCUAGAGCCCCCAGCUCCUGGGGAUGUGAAGGAACCCCACGACCAGCGCUCCCCUAUUUAUAACCCCUAUUCCACCCCUAUUGAAGGGGUGGAAGCCGAAGCAGAAAUGUUCGACUUUGAAGAGCCGGGCGGUCUGUCUACGAACAGCGUACAUGCCUCUGUCAGGUCUCCGCCGGUGUCAGACUCAGUCUCCCUGGACGACGUGUCCUUGCUGGACGCGGUGGGGUCAAUGGGAGGGGAUGACGGGGGGCGCAGGGUCCCCCCCAACAGCGGGGGCUCUCACUCCGACGAAGAGACCACGGACGACGAGCGUAAAAGAUUCAGUUUCUCGUCGUGCCCAAGUCGGGCCGACGACACGGACCCCGAUACCCCGACUCCGAAACCCGACACCCCGACCCCGAAACCCGACACCCCGACCCCGAAAGUUCACACCCCGACCCCGAAGCUGGAUGCUUUCGACGAGACUCGCCCAGACGGCGCACGUCUGAGCGCUGCCGAGCAGAGACCUGACGAUGACGACGAGGCAGAGACGAGCGAAAUUGCGUCUCUGAAUUCACCUCGUAUUUUGUCUCCUAAUAUCCAUAUUCCCGGCCGGCCUAAAGCCGACUUUUCCGGCCCAGAAUUCUGCUCGAACUCGCUGCCGAAUAUGGGGCUAGGAACGAAAAUGUUCAACGUGGGACGUGGUGAACCGUCCAACGUCGUCCCUGAUGGCAUGUUUGGUGCCCAAGAAUCCAAGGAUUCUGAAGAAAUCAAUUCCUCAAGGCAAGCAUCCUCGAAUUCCAGUAUUCCAGACCGGGAAUCCGGAAGCGGAACAGACACAAGCUAUUCCCAGGACUGUUCCAUCGGCGACGUGUGUUCCGAAAGCGUCCUGUGGCUGGGCCACAGACUGGGCCCAGUCCUAACCUCGAAAUUCUUGGCCCGCAAUCUGCUCCGCAUGUUGACCCUCUGCUACCUGCCCUCCAACGGGGCCCUGGCCCCUGUACCCUGUGACCCCAGAGACAAACUCUCAGUGACGCGUAAAAGAAUCGCAGGCGACCGCACCAGCAGACGAGUUUUAGACUGUCUGUCUUCUCUCGCCUGUAUUUAUGGCGAAGAAGUAAUAAUGGUGCAAUAUAUCAGCCACGUCUGCGACUUCAUCGCAUCCUGUCGCAGAAAACUAACGACUACAUCUGAAGCAGGACUCAUAGGAUGCGCCGCCCUCCUUCAGCACCUGCUACCCUUCAUCAGCGACAGCUCCUUCAUGCGAUGCCUGCAGGAUACCCUCAUCAAGGAUGCCCUGUAUCCCCUCAUCAGGCUGCUCGCCUCUACGAGGGUCAACUUUCCCAGCGGGGCGGCCGUGAGAGGAGCCAUCGCGUACAGGGUUGUUGAUAUCAUCUUCAUCAUGGCGCUGAGGGUAGGCCGCGAGAUGAGCAAGAAGCUGCUGAUGCGCAGCAUAGUGCGUCUCCUGAGCGCCUUCGACAGAGUCUACGCGCCCACAUCGUCGUGCCACGUCCGCAACUCAAGUCCUAAUGAACCGCACGUCCACAACCCUAGUGACCUGGGCACGAGGGAUAUGAACCCUGUGAACCCGUCACAAUCUUUGAACCCGUCACAAUCUUUGAACCCUGAAGAGAACAGUGCAAAGGAUUUUACUAACGAUGAGGGUGAGAAGAGGUCUCCUAAUACCGUCAGAGUCGAAGAAAAUGUCGGGGAUAUUUCGGAAACGAAAAUCCCGAAUUCCCCCGCAACGGACGACACGGAAAUGGUGAGGAACCGAGCUCUGAAGGAACUCAGGGAGAUCCUAACCCCAGAACUGGCCUACCUCUCCUACUACCCCCUAUGCAGGUACCUAGGGGCACGCGCCCUCGAGAACUGCCUGCCUAACCACGAACUCCUUCGUUCCUUGUGCAUACAGCACGACGAGAUCCUACAGGAUAACCACGCCCACUGCAUCACCAUGGACAACUUGGACGCAUCUUGCGCACGGGCAAGUGGCUACAAUAGUAGUGCAGACCUGAGCUUCUCUUCCACUCUCAGUGGUGUAACUAGUGGCAGUUCCCUGAGCCCUCGAUCGUCGUUUACAGUCACUAACGUCACUGGCAACCGUAUUGAUAUUAGUGACACGGCGUCACUGAAUGACAGCGACGUAUCGUCUCAAAUAUACCCGCAGUCAAUAGGCUUCCUGGAAAGCAUUGACAUUUCCAGCUACAUGUCCACGAACAUGAAGAACAACACGAAGCGACAUCUGCGUGGUAAUUGGCUGGCAUAUUGGAACCACGAAAUCGGGCGUUCAGACCACGAUACUUUGUUUAACUUUAACCACAUCAAACUUCAGUCUUUCGUGGGCCAUACCAACAGCAUCAAAGGCUUACACGUUCUCGACAAUGAGAAUUCAUUCAUGUCGUGCAGUAAAGACAAAACCGUGAGGCUGUGGUCACUGCGCAGUGAAGGCGAUGGCACGGCGCAGUGCCCUCCGCAGUUCACGUACACGGGACACAAGAAGUCCGUGUUCGGGAUCACGUUUUGUGAGCGUCAUCGUCUAGCCGCAUCCUGCGACUCUACCGUGCACGUCUGGGACCCGUUUGUAGGCGCAAUGGUGCGUCAACUUGACUCACUUCGUCAUAGUCCUGUGACUGUUCUUGCUAGCGUCGCCCCGCCGUCCAGUGAACUUUUGGCCGCGACCACCGACGCCACAUUGCGGGUCUUGGACCUGAGGGCCCGGGACUACACGCACCACUACCGCGUCACCGCUACCAGCGCAGGUCUUGUGCGCUGCGUGGUUUGCAGUGACGAUGGGACGAUGGUAUGCGUGGCCCACUCGUCUGGUAUCGUCACGGUUCUGGAUUUGAGAACCGGGCACUUGCUUGCCACUUGGAAGCCUCACGAAGGCGAAGUUCUGUGCUGUCGGUGGUACAAAAACCGGACGUUUUUAAGCUCCGCUUUGGACCAAACCGUCGCGGUUUGGAACGUCAACGACAGCGGCAGUAAAUUUACGCUUAAAGGUCCCACUGAACCCGUACACCUGCUGCAGCUGUACCAGGACCAGGUCAUCAGUGCUACCACCGCCAACCGCAUCGGGCACCACCCCUGCGUGGGGGCGGACGCCCCCUACACGAGUUCCAGACUCAGGACCGAGGCGCUGAAGGGAGUGGUGACCGCUAUGGAGCUGCUGCCGCUCAACAGGAUGCUGCUGCUGGGCAGCGACUCGGGGUGUCUCAGGCUGCUAUGUUAGCCCAACACACUAAAAUAUCAAUGGGGCAUUUUGUUCAAAAUACGACACACAUUCCUACCCACUGUGCAAGCAGAUAGGUCACAUUGUCCAAAUUGUGACAUACUUUCUCACCCACAGCAGCAGCUGGAAGGACGUAGCACCAAUACGCUCCUUUGCCGGUCCAAACUGUGUCAAGAUGACCUACGCAAGGGGCGUAAAGUGCUUCGUUUAAGGGAAAAGUCUCGCUCAUUUCUCUCCGUGUAGCUUCAUGUAUGUAUUUAAGAAUAUCACAGCCUUUAAAAUAGCCUGAGAUGACGGGCAACUUGCCUUCCCCUCGUCGCCAUUGCGGAUCUGGAAAUAAAGUUUGUUGAUUUUUAGCGCAUCUUCUCAUUUAUGGGAAAAAUGCACUAUUGU